UUCUAGUGGAAGUCACGGAGAUGGAGGAUAGGAAGGAAGGCAAGCUGCAGCCCCUAGAAAACUCCUGAGGCCUAAUUUGUCUUAUAAAGGUUCUAGUCAGCCAUUGCUGUUUUUUAGUUUUGUUUUUCAAAUGGGACAUGCUGCCUAGUGUUGGAGGUAGUCACCAAUAUUUACCUCCUCUCUCAUUCCAGGAGUACUACUGGACAUUAACCUAAGCCAAAGUGCGGAUAUAUGGAGAAAGGUAAAGAGUUGAUAAGGAAAAAGCUAUAUGUGGGUGGAGGAGGGCACAGGUGACACCUGAGGAGAGGAACCUGUAGCCGGCCCCUCCCAGGCUGUAGGGGGAAACAAGUUUAACAGGACUUAGCCCUGAAGGAACAACAGUUGAUGAAAUGGGCGGCGCAUGGAGAGCAUUUGGGUUCGUCGGAAGAAUAGGGAGGUAAGGGGCAGGGCAGGAUCACAAAUGGAGUGACUCUACGGAACCGGGUUAUUGGCGAGUUGCCCCGCUUUAGCUCCCCAGCGGUAGGACGACGUUAAUUAGAAUACUAAGUAGGUCCGCCCAGAAGCCUUCACCCUGCCCUCCGACCCUAGGGCCCAGCCCAAGGAGGCACAGGGUUAGGAGGUCGAGGAGAAAAGCAACUACGGCCCCCUACGGUCACUUAGCCGCUGAAUCCUCGGCGCCGCCCAGCGGGGCAGAGCCAGGCCAGGGCCGCCCGCCCAACCUGGCCUGCUGCCUCUUCGGCCAUGGAAGCUGCCGGCAACCCAGUGGCUACGGAGACAGGCAAGUAUAUCGCCUCAACACAGCGACCUGACGGAACCUGGCGCAAGCAGCGGAGGGUGAAAGAAGGCUACGUUCCCCAGGAGGAGGUCCCAGUAUAUGAAAACAAGUAUGUGAAGUUUUUCAAGAGUAAACCAGAAUUGCCCCCAGGGCUCAGCCCUGAGGCCACUGCUCCUGUCACCCCAUCCAGGCCCGAAGGUGGUGAACCAGGCCUCUCCAAGACAGCCAAACGCAACCUGAAGCGAAAGGAGAAGAGGCGGCAGCAGCAAGAGAAAGGAGAGGCCGAGGCCUUGAGCCGGACUCUUGACAAGGUGUCCCUGGAAGAGACAGCCCAACUCCCCAGUGCUCCACAGGGCUCCAGGGCAGCCCCCACAGCUGCAUCUGACCAGCCUGACUCAGCUGCCAUCACUGAGAAAGCCAAGAAGAUAAAGAACCUAAAGAAAAAGCUCCGGCAGGUGGAAGAGCUGCAGCAGCGGAUCCAGGCUGGGGAAGUCAGCCAGCCCAGCAAAGAGCAGCUGGAAAAGCUAGCAAGGAGGAGGGCAUUAGAAGAGGAGUUAGAGGACUUGGAGUUAGGCCUCUGAGGCUUUUGGGUAAUAGGGAAUGGACUGCAGAACAAACCAUGGGGCUCUCUGGGUUCCGGGGGAAUAUGGGCAACAGCAGUCAGGAGGGGUACCCCCCAUACUGGCUUACUUCCACUUCUUGCGGCCCAGCUCUGUCCUCCAGAGCCUAGCAUCUCCCUCGAUCCUUCCCUUGUCUUCCCAACUUCUACUUUUUGGACUUUCCCCCUCUUUUCCCCGGUGUUCAAAAUCUCAGUGACUACCCAAAGUACCUUUGCUGCUGAUUUGGGUGUCUUGUUUAAAAGAAAAUCAGGUGGGUGGGAAUCUCUUGGAGAACUGAGGCUGAGGGUAGAGGGAGUACGCCCAAGUCUUGGAGUCUUGGUUCCUGUUCGCAGUGUUUAUGGGUUAUUUCCCUCUCCGUCCCUCAUCUUUUUUUUUUUUUUUUAAAAAAAACAAAAACAAGAAUAAACACAAGUAAACAUGUC